AUAUGCUAGUAACAUUUAAAAUUUUCAAAUUUCAAAUUCGGUUGCAAAGGGAAGAUCGCCAUUCACAUUAAUUUUUAAGUUCUUGUUAUUUAUUGUAAUCAUUUUCGUUUUAACUUUAUUCUGUAUAUACAUCGGUUAUAAUAAUUUAUACUAUCACAAUGGCUGAACGAACCUCGAGAUUGUCAUCGUACAAAAACGCCGGUCAGGGUACCACAGAGUUGCGUCGCAAACGUGCAGAGCUCAGUGUGGCGUUACGAAAACAGGCUCGAGAUGAACAACUCCUUAAGAGGCGUGCAAUGUCCCCGGAGACUGAAACUCCUGUGGAAACAGAGAAAGUCAUGACGCCUGAAGAAAUUCUGGAGGAACUCAAAUCACAAGACCUAACCAGAAAGACAAAUGCAGCACGAGCAGCUCGCAGAAUGCUGUCUCGCGAACAGAAACCACCCAUCUCUAUUAUGGUUAAUGCAGGAGUCAUUAAGCCUUUGGUUGAAGCUUUGGAUCAUGAUGAAUGUAGCGAUCUACAGUUUGAAGCAGCAUGGGCUCUCACCAAUAUUGCUUCAGGCACCCGACAACAUACCAUGGCUGUUGUUGAUGGUGGAGCUGUACCCAAACUAAUAAGCCUUUUAGGUCAAGGCGGUGUGGUCGGAGAACAGUGCGCAUGGGCACUGGGGAACAUAGCUGGAGACGGCCCGGAGACUAGAGAUAUGAUCCUAAAUGCAGGAAUAAUGCAGGCCUUGGUGCCACUUCUAAAUGCACAAACUCCAACCAGUCAACUGAGAAUAGCUGUUUGGACUUACAGUAACCUUUGCAGAAACAAAAACCCUCUAGUGCAAUUCGAUCUUGUAGCCCCGGCUCUACCUUACAUUUCUGAUUUAUUGGAAAUAUCAGAUCAAGAUGUGCUUGCGGACUCAUGCUGGGCAUUGUCAUAUCUGACAGACGGCCCCAAUGAGCGCAUAGAAGGGGUGCAGACUACCAGACAUCUGCUGCCGCGUCUCGUUUCUCUACUAGAACACCCAGCACCUGCAGUCGCCACACCAGCACUGCGAGCUUUAGGAAAUAUGCUCACCGGCUCAGAUAUACAGACAGACCGUUGCCUGGAUGCCGACUGCCUUAAACCCAUAAGUCGUCUCCUGUCUGCAUCUCCUGCUCUCAGUAAGGAAGCUGCGUGGGCUUGCAGCAACGUGUUCGCGGGAACAGCACCACAGAUACAGAGAGCUAUCGACAGCGGGGUGCUGGAGCCAAUCGCUAGGGUCCUGGUGCAUCAUGACAUCAAGUGCCAGAAGGAAGCGGCCUGGGCCAUUACAAACCUGUGUCUUGGAGGCACCCCUGAACAACUGGACGCCAUGCUGUCCUGUGAUAUUCUGUCGCCGUACUGCGCCCUGCUCCAGGCCAGGGAUCACCGAGCCAUCAUCGUAGUGCUGGAUGGACUCACUCAUCUAUUGCAGGCUGCGGCGAAAUACGAUCAAGUUAGAGGAAUGUGCAUAAAGUUGGAAGAGAUUGGCGCUCUGGACCAAAUUGAGAACCUACAACAACAUGAAAAUGAACAGAUUUACAAGAAGAGCAUCCACAUCCUGGACUCCUACUUUAUGGAGGAGGAGGACGCCAGCACGCAGCCCGCUCACGACCACGAGCAGUAUCAGUUCAGGACAAAUGAUGCAGCCAUACACUUCUAGAUAACUGCAAGUUUUGUUUCAGAAGGGUGCAGUAAGCAAGUUUUGGUCGGUGAGUCAUGCAACAUUGAUGGCACUCCUCUGAUAGCAGAGAGGCACAUUAAGCUGAUAAUUAAUUCAAGCUGCUAUCAUGAUUUUAUUGAGUUUAUACGAGAAGAGUUGAGUAGCAAAUUUUUCAGUCAGUGGACCUGUCUGAUUUGUAUGUUGUGUCGGUUGCAACCAUGCUGCUACAGUGAGGGUAGAUCUUUCAUUCAUAAACUGCAUGCACGCACACACAUGCAAGUCUUCCCUCGAACACAGUAGCAAGUGAUAGGGCCAGAGCCAUCAAUUUUAAUAUUUAUUUUAUUUACCUUGAGGUGAGGAGGGAGUGUCUUAAAGAGAAUUGGAUUAACUGUGUGAAUGAAGAGUAUGAGUUCAAGAGAUAACAUAUGAUAAGCUUUGACUAAAAAAAUAAGUGUGGGAAAGUGACUGUUGUACUAUAGAACUGGGACUCAUCUCAAAGUGGACAAUGGAGUCGAAUACAGAGCACUCCAUCUAUGAACUUUUAUUCAUUGUGGUUUAUUCAGAGAGAGGCAGUAUUGAACAAUUCAUUACAAAAUAUGUUAGAUGCUGUUCAAGAUAAACUGUGAUCUUCUAUCAAUAAAACAUGUAUCCAGGUAACUAAUGUUUCAAAGGAUGUUCUAAAAAUAAAACUGUUUGUAAAAAAUCACAUUUAUUAUUAUUUAAUUACAACUAAGCUAAAAUUAAGAUUUCUGAUCCUUCAGUUUUUCCAGUUGUUGCCUGAAAUGAAAUAAAAUUGUUUCAGAUAUAAUUUACAUUUGGUAACUGCUCUCCAGCAGUCCAUACUCAUCAUAUGUAAUGACUAAUAAUGUUAGAAACAUAAGUACCAACAACUAAUUAUCUUAAAAGAUUAUACAGUACAUGAGAGUCAUUGCAAACCAGCGCAGAUCGUCCCAUUCGUGCCUUCCUGCAGCAAUGUACUAAAGGAGGCUGAUUUCUAUGGAAAGCAUGUAUCUAACUCAAACUAGACUUCAGUAUUAUAUUUCAGAGUGGCCAAUUGAGUUCCUAUUAUGGUCUCUAUGUGCUUUAAUUACUGAUACUAAGUGCAUACUCUUAUAUAACCAGAAAUAUCAAUAUUUAUAAAAAAUAUUCAAUCUAUCUUUUUACACAAGAUUUAUAAAUUUGAAACAAGUUUCAAUGCUAAUUGUAUGUACUAGAUGACAUUUCAACUAAAGAUUGAUUGCUGUAACAUCAACAUAAAGGUAUUUAAUAAUAUUUAGAGCAAACAAGAGGCAUGUUCCUGCUGUAAAAUAAAAUAAAAACUAGGUGCGUUCGAGGCACGAGACAAAUUAAAAAUAUAAAUUUAUAAAAUUUUGUUUUAAGGUUUGGGUUUUAAAUAGUUCUAGAACUUAAAAUAUAGCUUACUGUACUAUAAUAUUAAAUGAAGUCACAUCAGUAGUGUUCGCUUAGAAUUUACUGGUGAUAGGAGCUCUUGUGAGUAUGUACGGGUAGGCAUCACCACCCUUCUGCCGUAAAGCAUUUCAGUUUGAAGGGUAGGGCAGCCGUUGUAACAAUACUGAGACAUUACACGGGCGGCAUUAACGUUGUAGAUGUCUAUGGGCUCCAGUAACCACUUAACGCCAGGUGGGCUGUAAGCUUGACCACCCAUGUAAGCAAUAAAAAAACAUGGACAUUUAUUCAGAUAGCAUAAAUAUAUAAUGGAGAACAGAAGCUUGGUCCUUAUUAUUCUAAAUUUAAUCAGAAACAAUACUGUCUACGAUUUGCUACCAAAAGGUUCUUGGCUACUUUGGUCAUAUUUCUCAGCGGCCACCAAACAACCUUGAAAAAUUGUCUGUAGUGGGCAAGGUAGAAGGGAAAAGACAGCCGGCCGGCCGCCGAACUGUUGGUCGGAUCAGGUAACCGCGCUGAUCGAACUCUCUGUUGCGACCGCCCUGAGAGAAGCCGAAAACCGAACGAAAUGGAAGCUGAUGGUACAAAGAGCCACGAAGGCCUUUCAGGGACAUGACCUUCAGCAAUGGGGUAUGCGAUUAAGAAGAAGAAUCAAAUACGACAGCAAUUGGGCCCAUAUGAAGGUAACAGAAAUCUUUAAGAUCUAACCUCAACUGCUGAUUAAAAUCAUCUUGGAUGACGUCGUCUUCCCAGUUGUCUUCCCAAACCGAUACAUCUUCAUCAUCAGCGUCUUCUGUACCCCAAUCUACAAGAAAAUUUGAAUUAAAAUAGAAUGAAUGAAAACAUUUUUUGUUAAUUUCUUAAUAUUCUUCAUCUGGAGGUUUACGUACUUUCCGCGGGAAAUUCUUCGAACUCGUCAUCCUCUUCUAGCAAACCAAGGUCUACUUUCUGUUUGUCAGCCAUUACACUGUGAUGAUUAUUGAAAUAAGGAAAUAUCACUUAAUGUAGCAGAAUAAAUAAGAUGCAAGUCACAACACAACUGUCACGUAAAAUGUAAAUU